AUGGAGUCAACACUACCGUUGCCCUUCAUUGUUGAUGCUUCGCCCAACCUGAGUGGCGAGACCGGCCUGUCCAAGGAGCAGCUCGCUUGUCUUGGCACGAUAUUCUUCGAGGUCACCCCGCAGAAUUUUGGUGAUGUGAGGAGUUUUUUACAGCCUGGCACCUUUGCGUUCGAACCGUAUCUGGAUGUGACUCAACUCGAGUCUGCCGACGACAUAUUGUCCCUGCUUGAUAGUGGUGCCAGGAAAGUCUUUGUUAAACCGGAGCAACUAAAGGAAUAUGAGGAACUCGGUUCAAGGGUUGCGCAGGCUGUUGACGGGGCCUCUUUGCAGGUCUCAUCGACAGAGGGUGGCCUGCUCGUAAGCGGCAUAGAUGCAAGCGGCGAUGUUUCAACACUGGUCCAGCAACUCAACUCCAAAAAGGGCACACUCAUGUUCAUCAGGCCAGCAGAUGGUGCCGACUUGGAGCUUUGCGCAGCCCUGGCCCGACAAGUGCAUGCCAUUGUUAUCUUGCCGGCAUCUAGGCUGUGUACUUCUACCAAGGAUGCCACCGGCGGGAAAGUUCCGGUUUCCAAGCUUUUGGCAUCAAACUGGACAUCGGAUAGGGGGGACAAGCUGCUUCCCACGGUGGUCACUGAUGAUAGUGGAAUCGCUCUGGGAUUGGUAUACAGCAGCGAGGAGAGCAUCGGAGAGGCCUUGCGGACUUGCACGGGUGUCUACCAAAGUCGCAAGCGUGGCCUAUGGUACAAGGGAGCCACAUCGGGAGACACCCAAGAGUUGGUUCGAAUCUCUCUUGACUGCGACAACGAUGCUCUCAAGUUUGUCGUUAGACAAAAGGGCCAAUUUUGUCACCUUGACCAGUUUAGUUGCUUUGGAAACCUCGGAGGCAUUGCCAAGCUGGAACAAACACUCAAACAACGCAAAGAGUCGGCUCCCGCAGGCUCCUACACUGCCAGGUUGUUUUCAGAUGAGAAACUCCUGAGGGCUAAGAUCAUGGAGGAGGCCGAGGAGCUUUGCGACGCAAAGACCAAGGAGAACAUUGCCUUUGAGGCCGCCGACCUUAUCUACUUUGCCCUGACAAAGGCAGUUGCUUCUGGCGUCAGUCUGAGUGAUAUUGAGAGAAACCUUGACGCCAAGAGCUGGAAGGUAAAGCGUAGGACGGGAGAUGCCAAGGGCAAAUGGGCCGAGAAGGAGGGUAUCAAACCCAGUGCACCCAGUGCGCCCGCAACAGCUCCUGCGCCUGCUGCCAUGGAGGCAACUUCUGACAGGAUCGCAAUGAAGGUCCUCGACGUCAGCCAAAGCUCGGUUGCCGAAAUCCAAGAAGCCCUGAAGCGCCCGUCCCAAAAGUCUUCGGACGCCAUCAUGAAGAUCAUCGGCCCCAUAGUCGACGAUGUGCGCACCAACGGCGACAAGGCAGUCUUGUCAUACACGCACAAAUUCGAGAAGGCAACGUCCCUGACGUCACCCGUCCUCAAGGCGCCCUUCCCCGAGGAGAUGAUGCGCCUGUCUCCCGAGACGGCCAAGGCCAUCGACGUCUCGUUCGAGAACAUCCGCAAGUUCCACGCGGCCCAGAAGGAGGACAAGCCCCUGCGUGUCGAGACGAUGCCCGGCGUUGUGUGCAGCCGCUUCAGCCGGCCCAUCGAACGUGUGGGUCUGUACGUGCCCGGCGGCACGGCCGUGCUGCCAUCGACGGCCCUCAUGCUCGGCGUCCCUGCCAUGGUGGCCGGCUGCCAGCGCAUCGUGCUCGCCUCCCCGCCGCGCCAGGACGGCACCGUGACACCCGAGAUCGUCUACGUCGCGCACAAGGUUGGGGCCGAGAGCAUCGUGCUCGCCGGCGGCGCGCAGGCUGUCGCUGCCAUGGCAUACGGCACCGAGAGCGUCACCAAGGUCGACAAGAUCCUCGGCCCCGGAAACCAGUUCGUUACGGCGGCUAAGAUGCUCGUCAGCAAUGACACCAACGCCGGCGUCGGCAUCGACAUGCCGGCCGGCCCAUCCGAGGUCCUCGUCAUUGCCGAUCGCGACGCCAACCCGGCCUUUGUCGCGUCGGACCUUCUCUCCCAGGCCGAGCACGGUGUCGACAGCCAGGUCGUCCUCAUCGCCGUCGACCUGGACGAGGCAGGCCUAAAAGCCAUCGAGGACGAGGUCCACAAGCAGGCCAUGGCGCUGCCGAGGGUCGACAUCGUCAGGGGCAGCAUUAAGCAUUCCAUCACCAUCUCGGUCCGCAACAUCGAGGAGGCCAUGCGCAUCAGCAACGACUACGCCCCGGAGCACCUCAUCCUGCAGCUCAAGGACGCAGAGGCCGUCGUCGACAUGGUCAUGAAUGCCGGCAGCGUGUUCAUCGGGCAAUGGACGCCGGAGAGCGUCGGCGAUUAUUCUGCUGGCGUCAACCAUUCGCUCCCGACGUACGGUUACGCAAAGCAAUACUCGGGCGUCAACCUUGGCUCGUUUGUCAAGCACAUUACCAGCUCCAAUCUUACGGCGGACGGUCUUCGCAACGUUGGCGAGGCCGUCAUGGAGCUGGCCAAGGUUGAGGAGCUUGAGGCUCAUAGGAGGGCUGUCAGCAUUCGUAUGGAACACAUGAACAAGCAAGCCAGCCAGUAG